AUGCCGGUCGGCAUUGAGGUGUGGAUCAACCAGAUCCCCCCAAUAACAAGAACAUGGCUGUUACUUUCGGUGGUCACCAGCAUUGCUGUCCAAUGCCAGAUCGUAACGCCCCUGCAGCUGUACUUCAGCUUCAAGUCUGCCUUCACUAACGGGCAGCUGUGGCGACCGUUUACGAACUUCUUCUACUUCGGGUCUAUGUCACUAGACUUCAUCUUUCAUAUGUUCUUCUUCAUGCGAUAUAGCCGUAUGCUUGAAGAAUCCUCCUUCGCGAACAAGAAAGCCGAUUACUUUUGGCUUCUGUUCCUCUGCGCCGUCAUGCUCCUCGGUCUCUCGCCGCUCUUCAACCUCCCCUUCCUCUCCUCCCCACUCGCCUACGUCCCUAUAUACUUCUGGUCGCGUCGACACCCAGGCACUCCAAUAUCCUUAUUCGGCGUCGUGACGAUCACAGCGCCGUACCUACCCUUCGCCCUCAUUGGCUUCUCGUGGCUGCUGAGCGGAACGUGGUACGCCGCACUGAACGACCUCAUUGGGUGUCUCGUCGGGCACAUCGCAUGGUUCGUCAGGGAUGUUUGGGCAAGGGAGAUGCUGGGUGGGCCGACCAUAUUGAGUGAGCCACCGGGUUUUGUAAGAAGAGUCUUCGGAGACGAGUAA